GCAAUAAUAAUUGUAAUCUCUCAAUUUGUUCAACUCUGUCAGUUUUUAAACCAAGGUUUUUGCGUUAUCGAAAUGGGGAAAGGUUGCAAAGUUGUGGUGUGUGGUUUGGCAUCUGUAGGAAAAACAGCCAUCCUUGAACAGCUGUUGUAUGGUAAUCACGCUGUUGGUUCAGAGUCCACUGAGACCCAGGAGGAUGUGUAUGUGGCAUCGGUGGAAACGGAUCGUGGUGUAAAGGAACAGUUACGUCUCUAUGACACCAGGGGGCUCCACGACGGCCUGGACCUUCCCAAGCACUACUACUCUGUGGCAGACGGCUUUGUGCUGGUCUACAGUGUGGACAGCCUGGAGUCCUUUAAGAGGGUGGACGUCCUCAAGAAGGAAAUAGACAAGUCCAGAGACAAGAAAGAGGUGAUGGUGAUCGUGCUAGGGAACAAGACAGACCUGCGUGAGCGUCGUCAGGUGGAGCAGGAGGCAGCGCAGCAGUGGGCGCGGGGGGAGAAGGUCAAGCUCUGGGAGGUCAGCGUCACUGAGAGGAACUCUCUCAUCGAACCCUUCACCAUGCUCACCAGCCGCCUCACACAGCCUCAGAGCAAGUCUGCCUUCCCUCUUCCAGGACGCAAGAGCAAGGGCACGGCGUCCAACGACAUAUGAACUGAACUCAACCUCAAGAGCACCUAAGUUCCAAGUACUUCAGGGGGGAGAUGUUAGAGAGUAGGGUUGAUGAGUUAGCCAGCCAACUUCAAUUAAUAUUCUGACUUCAUAUCACCAUGACUCUACAUUCCAUAGACAACCAACAACCCAUAUUAAGAGCUUUUUAUUAAAAAUGUUAUUGACUAGCAAAUCAAGAGAUGUAUCUUAAUGUUUAUCAAAGUGAGCUGGCUAAAUGAGUGAGCCUGCUUUGUGGUGUCACCAUACACCCCUCUGGUUUCAGUGUGUCCCAUCCUAUGGGAUGGCUAUAGUAGCCGCUGUACAGCAAGGUCUAGGCCCAUCUAAUGCGCCUUUAGAGUGAGGCAUAUUACCUAGUGUAUGGCCUACUACCAUAUAGUUUAUGGCAUAUUACUAGAUACUACCUAGUGUAUGGCCUACUACCUACCAUCCAGUGUAUGGCCUAUUACUAGAUACUACCUAGUGUAUGGCCUACUACCUACCAUCCAGUGUAUGGCCUAUUACUAGAUACUACCUAGUGUAUGGCCUACUACCUACCAUCCAGUGUAUGGCCUAUUACUAGAUAUUACCUAGUGUAUGGCCUACUACCAUCUAGUGUAUGGCAUAUUACUAGAUACUACCUAGUGU